AUGGGGAAGACGCACGAGGUGAUCGGCCACUUCGCGCCGCUCUUCCGCGAGGCCAAGGAGCUGCACCCCGCCCUGGUCCCGAAGAUUGCGCAGGCGAUCUGCAGCAUCGGCGAAGUGGACCUCCUGGGGCAGUUUUCGGGCUCAGAGAGCGAGCUCGAAAAGUACGGCCUUCCGCCGAAGCACAUCUCUGCCCUUGCUGGGAGCCCGUUCCUGGCUGGCUUCCGGAAGGCCCGGUUCGAGGCGCAAUUCGCCCUGGCGAAGACAGCCAGCUCGUGGCGCGGCGCGGCGCCGGGCCCGGCUGCGGAGCAGCCCGGCGGCGAGCAGCCAGGCGGCGAGCAGCCGGGCGGCGGCGAGCAGCCAGGCGGCGAGCAGCCAGGCGGCGAGCGGCCCGGCGGCGAGCAGCCAGGCGGCGAGCAGCCAGGCGGCGAGCAACCAGGCGGCGAGCAGCCAGGCGGCGAGAGCGACGGCUCGGCCGCUUUGCAGGCGGGCAACGCGGACAGCAGGGCCAGGCUGGAGCUGAUCACUUCGCUGCUCGGCAACGCGCAGGCGGACGAGCAGCAGAAGAAGGAGCUGGAGUUCGCGAAGGCCAUGAUGGCGAAUUCGCCCGGGCCCAGGCUGGCGCAUCUCAUGAAAAUGGCCCUGGGCGAGUUCAGUUUGCUCGAGGCGUGGUUCCCCGGGGACCCGGACCAGGUGGUUGGGCUGCUGCUCAAAGGCGUUCGGUACAAGGAUUGCGCAAUCCAGAACGUGGUCAACGCCAUCCAGCACGUGGUCAAGGGCGGCGCGCAGGAAUCGUUGGUGAAUCCCGUGGUUCGUGGCUUGGGGGCUCUGUGCGCCCGCCUGAACGAGCUCCAAGCGAAGGGGCCCAAGGACAUGGUGGAGCCAGGGAUGGGGCCCCUGGACAACCGCGAGGGCCGGGAUCGAUCCCAGGAGCAGCGCUCGAAGUUCAUGGCAAGCAUCUUCGCGGAGGUGGCCUCCCUCCGGCUCGGCGCUGUUGGCUUCGCCAGCAAUGCGCGGGAUUACACGGGCAUCCCGUCGAAGAUGUUGCAGGAGGUGCACGCCAUGGCGAGCUCCGCGGUGCCGCUCGUCACGCCUGACAUGCCGGCCCACGCGCUCAUGUGGUGUCACCGCCGGGUGGUCGAGGAGCUGGAGGCCAAGAAAAAGUCGCAGCAGGAGCUGGCCAACGAGACGGCGGGCGAGCCGAAGCAGGGGGUGACCGAGGCGGCGAAGCCAGACGGGGCGCCGGCGACGGGCGGCCCGGGCGUUGAUCGGCGCGUGCGCCCCAGUCGGGCGCGACCGGGGGCGGGGCCCCGAAGAAACACCAGACGGAGCCGGAGGUCAUCGCUGUGGGCGACAUCGUGA